UGGACCUACAUUUUUCAGCUUCACACUGUUUUCUUUGCUCUGAAAUAAUUCUUCUCAUUCCUGAUUUCCUAUCGCAGAGCUGUAAAUUCAAUAUAUUGAACCAUAUCUCCCUUGCUUCAUAGCUUUAUCUCGGCUGAGACUCCUCAACAUGAAUCAAGCAGCUCGCGGCGCUGCUGCUCUCUCUGCGGGCGAAUAUGCUGAAGCAGUCAAGCAAUACACGGCUGCGCUUCAAACUAAUCCAAUGGCUGUAGACUACUACAUCAAGCGGUCUACUGCAUAUCAACGUUCGUCACCGGCAAACUACAACUCUGCCCUGUCAGAUGCCGAGAAAGCGGCCGUGCUCGCUCACAAGCGGGGCAAGCGAGAAUUGAUUGCACAGGCUCAGCUGCGCAGAGGAAUAGCUUUAUUUGGUCUUGAGCUCUGGGCUGAUGCAGGCUUCUGCUUUGAUAUUGUGCGAAAAUUGAACAAGGACGAGAAGAGUUUGACGAUAUGGGACAGUAAAGUGAAGUCAAAACUGGCUGGGCUACCAGAGGAUGACGAGAAACGGCACGCAACCUGCCUUGAGGUGCCGGAUAUUAGUAUUGAUGCGCCCUCAAAUGAUGUGAAAGAAAUUCCAUCUUCCAAGAUGCUUGAGGACAACGCAACGAGCGGCAGCACAUCAGUGAACAUUUCUUCAGGCGCAGGUCCAUCGCAGCAAGAGAACAAGCCUGAGGGCGUCACGACACCCGCUAGCAAGAUUCGGCACGACUGGUAUCAAACCAAUGAUAGUGUGACCGUGACGUUACUGGCAAAGGGUGUGCCAAAGGAUAAGGCAGUAGUAGAUAUUCAAGCUCGUUCACUAACGAUAUCCUUUCCGCUGCCCGGCUCCUCGACGUAUGACCUUUCACUCGACCCUCUCUUUGCACCAAUCGACCCGGCGACGUCGUCGUACAAAAUCAUGUCGACAAAAGUUGAGAUCAUUCUCAAAAAGGCCGCUCCUGGUCACAAAUGGCAUUCGCUUGACUCUUCUACGUUGGACCGAUCUGCUGAUAUCACAUUACCCACUCGACCAUCUCCUGGGAAGCCUGCUUCGGGCGCAGCUUCUGCUCCGCAGAGUACUGUUCCAUCUCUUGGCCCAUCAUACCCAACUUCUUCUCGCAGUGGGCCCAAGGACUGGGACAAGGUCGCUGCGGAGCUCUCCAAGAAGCCGAAGAAAUCAGAGAGUAGCGAAAAUACAAAAGACAACAAGGAAGCGGAGGAUGAACUCGACGACGAUGAUGGCGGAGACCCCGUCAAUGCAUUCUUCAAGAAGAUUUAUGCUAGUGCCGACCCUGAUACCCGACGGGCAAUGAUGAAGAGUUAUCAAGAGAGUAAUGGGACAGCGCUGAGCACUAAUUGGGCCGAAGUUGGAAAGAAAAAGGUCGAAACCAGUCCUCCUGAUGGUAUGAUUGCCAAGAAAUGGGGAGAAUGAUUCUGGUCGUCAGAUGAUCUCUAGUCGGCAGCAUUGCGCGAUGUCCAUCUUUUUGUUCUCUUUCUUAGUUUUUCUCCCUUUCAUGUCAUUUAAAAGUAUUUUGUUCCUUUAGUGCCUUGGUUGGCGCAAGUGUCUUUUCUUUACUUUCUUCCUGCUGCUUUUGAC